AGUGGAAAGCCUUGUCUUUCUCUUGUAAAUGCCAAAGUGGAACUCACUACCAUCAAGUUGAUGCCGAAUAAUAACAACCUUGCAGGCCAGGGUAGGCUCUUUGAUUUUCUGAGGCUCUUUACUAGAGUAAAAGGCCCACCUAUCUCCUCUAAGGCUCUCAAAUAUCAAGCUUCCUCACCGUCAGGGUGUGCCCGAUGGCACUGAUGGUGUCACAGUAUCCAAGGAUUAUCGCCAACACAGCAUGCUUACAUGUGUGUCCGGGCUCACAGUUGUCUUUCUUCUCCUAGGGAUGAUUGAUUGGAUUGUGGUCCAUGUGGCUGGUCUCUAGCCCUCUACCUGCCGCCCAUCCCCCUGGUUAGGCUGACAUUGUGGGGCUCAAAGCCCUAGUAUAAGAAACCUAAACUCCAUUUGUAAAAGUUUCAGUAUUCCUUUGCUUCCAGCCUCUGCCUCAACAUUCCCUAUUUCAGAAGAGCAGGCCUGGCCACCUUCCUUAUGAACUCUCAUGUAUAGGAAAUCCCAGAUAUCAGAGAAGAUUUCUCCUCACUGACUCUCCCUUUCCCCACCCACGUCUCAUGUUGGUGGAAUUCUUCAGUAUCGUGGGCACUACAUUUAGUGGUUGAGUCUACUCUGACCUCUAGUGACCCCAUGAAACCAAGUCAACAGACUCCUGCCGCACAGCGUUUCCAGGGAUGUGCGUCCUCAUGGAAGCCGACUGCAACCCCUUUCUCCAGUGGGGCAGCUGGUCCCAGGCUAGGUGAACAGAGAGCCAGUCGAGUCUAGACAGCUGGAGACCAAGGACAACCGUUUUGGACUUUCAUGAAAUUCCAAGCAAGGGUUCGUUCUGCUCUGCCUGUCUGUGGACCAAACAUCAUUCACCUGCCUCCAGACUGCCCAGUGGCUCUGCCUGCACUAGCAGCCCUCUUCCUAGAGAGACUCCUUGUGCUUAGAGAGCACAUUCACUUGCACCUCCAGAAGCUGUAGCCAGGAAAUGUACUCGCUGGACCUUGAGGACGUGGCUGUGAACUUUUCCCAGGAAGAGUGGGCCUUGCUGGAUCUUUCCCAGAGGAAACUCUACAGAGACGUGAUGAUGGAAACCAUCAGAAACCUGGCCUCAGUAGUUUCUCAAAACCUUGAUGAUGGAGAAAAGCUGUCCACUGAAAAUACAGUAGUACAAUUCAUGAAAAAUGACACCUGGUCCUCUGUGGUAGGAGAAAUCUGUGAAUUGCAUGUCACUGAAGAUCAGAAUAAAGACCAGACUGCGUCUGUGAGAAGGCAUACAAUAGAGAAUGUCAGUGAAGUUAUUGAAGACUCUCAGUGUGGACAGCCCUUCAGCUGGGUUCUAGAUCUUUCUGUGCUCAGAAGAACUCCUAUGGAAGCCUAUUCUUCAUCAUACCUUCAGUGUGUUAAAUCCUCCAUGGAUCAUUCAUCACUUACACAUCAUAUCAGCUCUCACUUUGAAUAUGGUACCUAUCAAGAUAAGGGAUGCGAAGAACCCUGCAGUUGGCCUCCUUGCCCCAGGACCCCAGUGCAGACUCUCAUUGGAAAGAAACCCUAUGAAUGUAAAGAAUGUGGCAAAGCCUUUCGCUAUCCAUCUCACCUUCGAACACAUAUGAGCAGUCACAAUGGAGAAAGGCCUUAUGAAUGUCAGGAAUGUGGGAAAGCCUUUGUUCGGUCUUCAUCCCUCAGUAGUCAUAUGAGAACUCACAGUGGAGAGAAGCCAUAUGGAUGUAAGGAAUGUGGGAAAGCCUUUAGUGUGUCCUCAAAUGUCAUUAAACAUAUGAUCAUUCACAGUGGAGAGAAGCCUUAUAAAUGUAAAGAAUGUGGCAGGGCCUUUUCUCAUUAUUCAUCCCUCAUCAGACACAGGAGAAUUCACAGUGGAGAGAGGCCCUAUGAGUGUAAGGAAUGUGGCAAAACCUUUCGUUGGUCCUCAGACUUCUCUAUGCACAAGCACACUUGCGGUAAAGAGAAAUGUUAAGUAAGGAUGGUUUUCCACAUACUGAUGCGUCAAACUACAAAUUCCUUGAAGUCUUUCCUAAGAGAAAGCAUCUCAGAGAGUAAGAAGGCAACAGAAGUGGAAAGAAGGUAUCAUGAAAAUUACUUCGUGCGUUUUGGAAAACUAACAAUUUCAUCGUAAGUAUACAUCUGUCUUAAUGAAUGGCUAAUUCUUCAGUCUCAUGAGCAGCUGUGCAGGUGUGUACUUUCUAAGUCCAUGCUAAAUUUACCUCAAAGCUUUUGUAUCACAAAUAAGGAUUUAGGGAGCAGCCUUGAACAUCAAUGAGUUUGUGGUUUUAAAUUUUUAAUGAUGUUAAAUUGCAAUAAAAUGUGCUGAUCUUAUAUUUGGAUUGAGUGGUUUUUGGGUAAUUGAUCGUGCUUUACUUCCAUGUAUUCCACUUUUACCCAUUGAAAAGUUAAGAAUUUUAGCCUUUGUAUUCCUAAGUACUCAUUGGGAGGUCCUUUUUGAGGCUCUAAAAAUAUCUUAUUUUGUCUACUAAAUUUACAUCCAUUGACCAUUAUUCCCUUAAAUUAUUAUCAUUUUGAAUUUGAUGCUGCUCUGUGCCACAGUAUCUAGCUGAGGCAUCCUGUACUUUGCUCCUCUUUUGCACUAAUCUUGCGAUUCUGGUAGAAUUCAUGAACAAACAACUGUUGCCGCUUCCCUUCAGAAGUUAAGAUUAACCCACCUCCAACCAAAAGACAGUAUUCACUAAACAGUACCUGCAGCUGGGGGUGGAUGCAACUGGUGGUGAGACUUACAUAACUUAACAACCCGUUCUCUGCCCUAAUGGCUUUUUGUUUGUUUGUUUGUUUUGAACCUUGAAAAAAUAUAUAUGCUAUCAAGCUCAAGGACACUCUUUGUGUUGCGCGUCACUGGGUGGAGGGUCGUGGAUACAAAUGAAAGGCAGGCAGCCAACAUACAAGGGACACAACAGCUACAAGGUCACAGAAUGGAAUCGGUGCCUGGCUGGCUUAAGUCUCCGUU